AUGGAAAAAUCACUAGCAGAGCUGGAGCGAAUCCAAACCCAAAUCCUAGAACGCGUAUCAAAGCUCGAGCUCGCCUCCUCUGCCUCUCUUCCCCAACACAAAUCUACCCCCAUCCCUACCUCGACUCAAAACGACGCCAUCGGCGCCACAGAAGCUCGUCUCUCCGCCAUUCUCCGCGCCAAUGGCGUGAAAGACUUCGCCUUCAAGAGGGUACCUGCCGAUUACUAUGAUUGGUCUCUCGAUGACCGGCGCGACGUUCUCGGCGCUGCCUCCGUCCACCAUCUCUGCAAAAGCAUUGUCUUGGUUAACACUCAAGCCCAAUCUAGUGUGGUUGAUUGUAGUGACCGCAACAAUUCAAAGUAUUAUGUUGUGGUCGUUCAGUAUACUGCUCGGUUUAAUGCUGAAGCUGUAAAGAACUUCUUGUAUUCGCUCAACGAGGGGAAGAUAGCCAAGAAAAAGUUCAACUUGAGGCUUGCACCUGAGGAAACUUCAGUAGAAUUGACUGGAUUUGAGCACAACGGAGUUACAUGUGUUGGCAUGAAAACAGACAUUCCGGUGAUCUUGGAUGAAGCAAUUCAGAAACUCCGUCCUGAUUUCUUCUGGUUGGGUGGUGGUGAGAUCGAUCUGAAGCUGGGCAUCAGAAACUCUGAAUUUAUAAACUUCGCUAAACCUUUUAUUGUCAGCUGCAGCAGUACUUGA